AUCUCGAGAUUAUUCUAUUAGGUAGCAUUUUUAAAUCUUAACCAAAAUAUCACCGGCAUUAAUAUUAUUUAUGGUUAAGAUGCUCGAAUUUCGAAUUCAUUUCGCGACCCAAUUUGGAAAAGCUCUUUAUCUUACAGGGGAUUCAGAUAUUUUAGGUAAUUGGGAUCCAAAAAAAGCUAUAAGAAUGAAUUGGUCAGAAGUAUAUGUUAAUAUCUAAUUUAUAGGGAAAUAUUUGGAAAUUUGAAAUUUAGGCUCAUAAUUUCCAAUACAAAUAUUUUGUUGCUAAUUAUGAUGAUGCUGCUUCUGAUGUAAUUUGGGAACCUGGUCCUAAUAGAGCUAUAUUCUAGCACCAAAAAACAAGCUUAAGUACAUAAAUCAGCAUUAUAGAUAGAAAUUUUGGACUUCUGGAACUAUAGAGAAGUUUAAUUUUAUUGCAAUAAUCCUCAAAAUCAUUAAGUUUAUAUUACAGGAUCAGCUUAUUCUUUGACUUUAUUUAAAUAAUUCAAAAAGAUGAACCACUACAAUAAUGAAGUAACAUUUAACAUCCUGAUUAAUCCAUGUAACGAAAAAGUCAUCAAAUUUCGAUGCUAGCUCAAUAAUUAAGAAGAUCUGAUGACUGAAAUAGAAACAGUUUGUUUUGAUGACCAAAGUAAAAAUUUAAUUUAGCUUAGAUUAAUAUAAAAAUAAUGUUCUAUAAAUAAAAUGCCAAUUAUUAGAUGCUUUAAUUAAGCAGUUAGAAGAGGAGUAAAGGAGAAUUAUUGAAGAAAAAAGAAGAAUUGAAGAAGAGAGAAGAGUUUAAGAAGAGAGAAGAAUUUAAGAAUAGAGAAGGAUAGAAGAAGAAAGAAAGAGAGUCGAACAAGAAAAUAUCAGAAAGUAACAAGAGGAAAAAGGGAGGUAAAUUAUAUAAUAAGACUUAUAACCAGUAAGUUAAUAAAUAUAAACAUAAUAAGAAAUUCGUUCAAAACCAGUUUAGCAAUAGAUCUAAAUAUUAAGUUAAGAGCUUAAUAAAUUAGAUUAUAAUAAUAAUCUUACAAAUAAUUAAAAAUAAUACCUUAAAAGCUAAUAUUAAUAAUAACUAAUUGCAAAAUUAAAAGAUUAUGGUGAAGCUAAAUCAAUUCCUCAUGUAAGAUAGAAUAUUGAAACUUCAAACCCUGAAGUGGCACUUUUUGUUUUAAAAGAAUCAUUAUUAAGGGAUUAAAAUAUAGCAUUAUUAGCAACAAGUAGGUAAUACUCAUUUGGAUUUGAUUCAAUACUAGGAUCUUAUGGUUAAGAUUAAUCUUGUUUAAAAGUUCGAAAUACAAAUCUUGAUUAUGAUAAAAUUGUGAAUGACAAUCGAUUAUUAUAACACCAUUUAUUAGAAUUUAAGUAAAAAUUAUCAAGUUCACUGAAUAUUUCAACUGAUUAAAUUGAAAUUUUAGGAGUAUCAAAGGGAAGCUUUGAAAUUAGUUUUAAUAUUACAGGAAAUGAUCCGGAUUCGAUUUAAUAACAGAUUAAAAAUAAUCCAAAUGCUAAGAAAUUCUUAGAUGAGUAUUGUAAUGGAAGAGUAGAAUAUGUAGCAUACUUUGAUCGUGCAAAUAACUAAGCAAAAGAGAAAGCCCUUUCUUUUGAUGAUUUUAAUCCUUCACACAAUAUGAGUUGGGAUGGUUUUCAUGAGAAAGAAUAGAGAGGACCUCCUUAUCAUAAAUAUGAUUAUUAUUUUCCAAGAGGUUGCUACGGAUUUGGUUUAAGGGUAAAAAAUUAUGGAAAUGAUGAUUGGAUAAAAAUGGAUGGUAAUCCUAAUGAAUGGAGAAUUAUGUAUCAUGGUACUAAAUAAGUUGCUGUUAGAUCAAUUACAAAAGAUAAUUUAAAACCUGGUAAAGAAAAUUAUUGUGCUAAAUAUGAUUGCUUAGAUGAGGAUGGUAAAACUGUGAAGGUAGGAAAUGGAAUUUAUUUUUCAAACGAUUUUAAGGUCUGUAUUAACGAUGGAUAUGCUAGCUACACUUAGAUUGGUUCAAAAUAAUUUGCAGUGAUCUUUAUGUCAAGAGUAAAUCCCAAAAAAGUUAGACAUGGAGGAAAUUAUAUGAGAGAUAAUUAAUACUUUGUUGUUAAUGAAUCGCAAGAUGUUAGACCAUAUAGAAUAUUAUUACAUGAAAAAAAAUGAAG